CACACCCGCUCAUCGACCGGCUCCGCGUCGCGACGCUCCCUGGCCUGCCGCCCAUCCUUAUUCUGACAGCUCCGCCGCGUCACGCGAGGAUCCAGCGCCGCCGCCUAGGGGUCUGUCCCUUUCCCUUCCCUCCGUGCCCGGUCACCCCACGCCGCACGCACGCUCGCCUCGCCUCGCCUCGUCCCCGACCCCUCCCCGCCACGGACGGGCGGUCGUCUCGUCAAGAUGGGCAACUCCCCCAGCAGCAGCCGCGGCGCCACGCCGACCUCUGCCUCCCAUCACGGCCACCAACACACGCCCUCGUCCGGCGCCGCCUCCGUCGCCGACUCGCCCCGUGCCUCCAAGAAGGAGCCAAAGAGCCUCACCUCCCUCCAGCACACCCAACGCUCCGCUGCCUCCCCCGAAGCCUCCGUCGUCCAGGCCACCGGCUCGACCAUCUCCAGCAGGACAUCCCAGUCCCGCCCGCUCUCCAUCCUCACAUCCUCCUCCCCCUCGACAAGUGUAAACCACACCCCGGCCAGCUCCGGCGCCCCGUCCCGCUCGUCAGAGUCAAAGUCGCGGCCCGUCUCCGAGUUCCGCGCCGAACCCUCAAAGCCGGUAGACGUGCCUGCCGCCCACUCAGACGCCGUGGCUUUUACCGCCCACGAGAGCCACUUCGGCGAUAGUGGUCUCAUCUCUGGGCUGGGGUCGAGUAGUGUCCAAGACAUGUCAUAUAUCCAGCGCCCACCUCGAUUGCCGCUGCCCAUCGAGGAAGAGAUACAUACCCCGGGGUCACCCAUCAUUGCUGCCGAAGACAUCAGAGACGACAUCGAUGCGGCCCCUCUCGACAAGGAGGUGAAUUUGCCGCGCCGGGCGUCUGGCUUGAGCAAUGCUACCGAUGAGGACGACUCUGAGGAGCUGCGUGUGGACAAGACACGGCCAACUGUGCCGACGAGGGUGGAGUGGCUUGGUGGUGGUCAAAAGGUCUAUGUCACAGGAACGCCGUUCCAAUGGAGCCGCAAGCAGAGACUGAACCCGGUGCCUGGGCGUGAAGGCGUGCUCGAGACAGUCAUCCCCGUGUUUCCUGGUACACAUCACCUCAAGUUCCUCGUCGAUGGCAAUAUGCAGACCUCCCCGGACCUGCCCACGACAGUCGACUUUGGCAACAACCUCGUGAAUUAUAUCGAAGUCAGCGGCGAAGACGCUGCUGCAAACGACGUGGUGGUGGAUUUGUCCGUCCCCAAAUCGAGCAAAGAAGCCGCAGACCUGCCCAGUCGGUCCGGCUCCACCGAAGGCCUCAAGAGCGGUACUGGGGCCGGCGAGAAGAAGCCACAGCUCAAAGUCAUCGAGCCAGCCGACGUGUUCACGCCAGCCCUUCCCAGUUAUCUCACGGACUUUGACCAGCCCGAAGAGAGCGCGGCAUACACCCUAGCCAUGGCGGCGCUUGACAAGCUGCCUAUGCCGCCCGCGCUGCCCGGUUUCCUGAGCAAGCCCAUCCUCAACAACACGACGCUCAUCAAGGACGACAACAGCGUGCUCAACAUGCCCAAUCACACCGUGCUCAACCACCUCGGGACUUGCAGCAUCAAGAACAACGUCCUGGCCGUGUCGGCGACGACGAGGUAUCGGAAUAAGUAUGUCACAACAAUAAUAUACAAGCCGACAGACUGAUGUGCGGAAUGAAGAGGAAUGGCGGAAGAGGGAGACGAAAACGGAGAUGGGCAAAUAUGUCAAAUCAGGAAAGAGAUCAUCUCUCGAGUCGUGGCUGUCCCAGGCGGAACCCCACACACAGGAAAUAAUGUAAAAGCCGAGCCCAGCGGCCAGGUACGAGCUUGAAAGUGAACGCACAGGUAGCAUUUAGUCGCAAAGCACGGAACUGUGGCCACACUGAGCCUUUCAGCCCUCUGGCAUCUAUGAAGUCUCUGGCACUUAUAACAUAUCUGCCGCCUCGUGGUUGACCACAAUAAUGUGCUCAACCGUGAGCAGAAAUCAGAGAGGCAUGGUUCCAGAGGACAAGGUUGAAGGCGUGUUGGAAAUCUGCAAUCAAGAUUGCCAGUCUUGGAU